AUGAAGGGAUUCCCGGUUAUCGGUCAAUCGUCGCUGCUGCUGCUGCUGCUGUCUCUUCUGCUCGUCCUGGGUACAGUCGUCGCGGAGAUAGAGAGACGCACCUCCAAGCAGAUGGUCGAGGAGUCUCCCGAGAGCCUGACGUCCAACUUGAGCAAGGACUGCGGCAAGUCGUACAGUGCCACCUGUCUCAAACUCGACGUGGUGUCCUUCCUAGAUAGACUGUCCGAGCAGGAGGACAUCAGCAUCCUACCGGGAGUGUCGGUGAUCAAGGAGAACGGAUCGUCCAGUUUGCCGAUGACAGAGGUGGUCGCCAAUCUAGCCAGGGAUUUCCCUAACGACGUGGAAAAGAGGCUGGACGCGUACCUGGUACACAAGGUUGGCAGCUAUCUCAACAGUCACUCGAUAUCCAUCAAGCUCUUCGACCCGAGGACCUUCGAGGCCGCGAGGAAUUUUAACGAGGAGACCCUAGCUCAGCUCGGCCUUGGCGGAGGUCAGAGUGUCGGAACUGGACGUAAGAAGGACAAGGGCGGAUAUGGCGGCCUGAUGGCUGGCCUGAUGAUGAUGAAGGGUACCCUGGGCGCCAUUGGUUUCGGCGCGCUCGCGCUGCUCGCUGGCAAAGCUCUGAUGACCGGUCUGAUGGCCCUCAUGCUAUCGGCCAUCGUCGGUCUGAAGGCCCUGGCCGGCGGCGGCGAGAAGAAGACCACCUACGAGAUCGUCAGCAAGCCUGUGUACUCGAGUUCUCACACCCACAGCUCCGAGGAGCACCACGGUCAUGGCUACGGGCAUUCCGGAUACGGCAGAUCCCUCGACACGAUCCACGACAGCGUCCAGCAGGCCGUUCUCAAGUACGGGAACGCGCGGGACCGUCGAUCGCUGUUCCGGCAAAAUUAA